AUAUCACCCAAUCAUAAUAUGUAUAUUAGCAGGUCUUGGCCAGAAUUUGGCGGGAGGACAUGUUUUGUGACAGUACGGUACACGGUUAGUGAUGGAUAAGAUACGAGCAUCAGCAUUAAUUUGAUAGCAAGACAGCGAAAAGACCAGCAGAAGACAAAAUAACAGAAGACAGCAGCAGGUAAAGAUAAAGAGUGUGACAGUGCACCAUAAAGACAAGAAGUCAGUCUAUAUGGUGGCAGACUCAGCAGGGAAGAUGUCUAUGACUCUGUGUGGUGUUUUCUGUGUUACUGUGUUGCUGAAGAGGACAAGCAACACACACACUAACCAGCCCCCUUAACACAGCUAAUUGGUCUCUAGCAGCCAUGCUAGAUACACAUAUAUAUAUAUCUUCUUCUGCCUCUUCUUCAGCAUCUUCUGGAAAUACCAUGACACUGUCAACCUUCUUCAGCACACUCAAACCAAGAUGGAAGUCAACAUUCUUCCAGUUAUUGAGCUUGAUUCGGACUCCGAGAGUAUCAGCAGCAGCAACUCCACGAUAGAUGCAAACGGAUAUUCCUCGCCAGCGUCCUCUAUAUCGCCAUCUCCAGGGUUUCGAGGGGAUGACUUUAUGUCGGAUGCUGAUUUUGAGGCAUAUGUGCAUUCCCUAUCAGGCAAUGAUGAAUCGCCGAGUCCUACACCACGGAGAGCUAACGGAAGAACUAUUCCGGCCCAGAGGGUACUACCUCCAAGAAUACGCCUCAAUGAGAUUAGACAUCAGGGGCGGACAUAUAGACCCGGGAAAUUCAUUGAACUCCAAGAUGGAACGUUUAUUCGAGUCAAUCGGAUCUUGCAGUCAUCGGACGAGACUAUUGUUUCUGGGCCCAAAUUCGAACGACUGGAAAGCAUGGGAAGUCGAAUGCCCGGCAGACCCAAUGAACUUUGUUGGAUUGUUGAUCAGGGCGACUAUAACAGCAGCAGACACAGCAAUGCCUCCGAGUACCGGCCCUACUGCGGAGAGGUAGAAGUUACACUCUCUGCGAUCCGCCGGUUGCGCAUCAUCAGAUUAACGAAUAAACCGUAUAGCCAUUCUGUAGAUGAGAACAGAGAUGAUGGGUUCCUUUAUUGCCGGAUGAAAUAUACCCGGAUAUGGAAGAGACGGCCGUCGGAGUCUGGCCGUAGUACUGCCGAUAUUGUGGAAGAGAUAAUCACCUUUCUCUCACCCGAGGAUUGCCAGGCUUCCCUUUCGCUCUCCCGUGAAGAACUCAGAAACAACUGGCGUGGCACUGUGCUGCACAAGCGACGAUACACCUUUGGGGAUGGUUUCUGCGGUGCCGGCGGCGUAUCAAGAGGCGCACAACAAGCUGGCCUCAAGCUUUCGUGGGCAUUUGAUAAAUCAGAAUCAGCCAUUAACAGCUACAGAGCAAACUUCCCUUCCUGCCUCACGAAGCAUAGUGAGGUAGCUCAGUUUCUAACCAGUUUACCCAGGGAGAUACUGGUAGAUGUGAUGCAUGUUUCUCCGCCUUGUCAGCCCUUCUCCCCAGCAAAAACUAUAGCCGCGGCGCACGACGAAGCCAAUGAAGCAUGUCUAUUCAGCAUAUACCGAUUGAUAGAGCUGUGUAAGCCCCGUGUGGCAACGAUGGAGCAAACUAGUGGUCUGAAGCAACGCCAUCCUGUCUGGCUAGAUGCUAUUAUUCACUCCCUGAUAGAGCUCGGUUACAGUGUGAGAUGGCGACUCGUCAAUUGCAAGGACUACGGUGUGCCACAGUCAAGGUGCAGAUUGAUACUCAUAGCUGCUGGUCCCGGAGAAGAAUUGCCACCUUUCCCCCAGCCUACACAUGGAGAUGAGCCAGGAAAACUGCCUCUUUUUACGAUUCUUGAUGCUAUCAGUGGUAUACCCAGCACGGCACCGGACCAUGACCUAGAACGAGCAGAGAGACCCUUUGAGCGACGACCUUAUGACCCACGCACACUAGCAAGGACGCUGACAUGUUCGGGAGGAGACAACUUUCAUCCGUCGGGGACAAGAACAUUUACCCUACGCGAGGCAGCUUCACUGCAGACGUUCCCGUUGAACCAUACCUUCUGUGCUCCUGGUGUGAUGAAACAAAUCGGCAACGCGGUGCCUCCUGUCCUUGCCCGAGCUGUCUUUGAUGAGGUCGUCAAAUCGCUUAGGAACACUGACUGUCCCGCGACCGGGCCCGUCAAUGCGCCCAUUACCAUCGACUGA